CCUGAGCUUAUGAUAUCGGUAAGAUUCUAUGGAACAAGAGCAUAUCUUAUAGACAAAAGUCUUAUACCAGUAGUUUUGUUCUGGAUUGACCCAGUUGUUGGAUAUAACUUCAUAACAUAUGGUUCAUUCGAUACUGAACGUUGCAGUGAAGGCUUACUUUAUAUCGUUCAGAAACCAAAGGACUUCAAUACAAAGAGAUAUAAGAUAGGAAGAACAUAUAAUAUAACUCAAAGAUAUGACAGUACAGUCAAUAGAGUCAAGGUUGUGUUCGUUAAUGAUAUGAGAGCUGCUGAAACAGAACUACUCGAAAAGUUUGAGAAAAUGUAUGGUGCUCCCAUAAAAGGUAAAGAAACGUUUGAAGUAGAUGAGAUAGCUAAAGCUAUAAAAUUAUUUGACGAAGUUGCUGAAAAAUACAUGUAA